AUGCGGCUCGUGUUUGUUCAGGGCGCGAGUGUGCUGGUGGACUUCUGCGGGCGCGGCUGGGAGGCCAACCCGCCCGACGACAGCCACUGCCUGGCGCGGGCGCCCUGGGCCCGCCCCGGGGGCGCCGGACCGUGGCUGGGCUCGGGGCCGCUGCAGCUGGGCGGCCUCGCACACGCGCGCCCACGCCCCGAGGACCACGGAUGGACGCAGACGCCCACGGCGACGCCCCUGGACGGCUGCAUCUCGCACCUGAGGAUCGACGGUCAGCCAUGCCAGCAGCUCGGGCGGCUGCGCGCCCAGGACGCGGCGUGCCCCGGCGGCGUGGGCGGGUGCGGGCAUCGCGGGCGCUGCGUGGGCGGCCUGGUGAGCCCAGAGUGCGAGUGCGAGCCCGGCUGGACGGCGCCGGGCUGCACCAUGCCCACCGUGCCCGCCUCGCUCGGCCCGGCGUCGUACAUGAAGGUGGCGCUGUCGUUCGCCGCCGCAGGGAGGGGCGUGCGCGUGCAGGUGCGCGUGCGCACGCGCGGGGCACGUGACGGACUCCUGCUGCACCUCGCCGCCAGGCACCGCCGAGCUGCGCUCUCACUCCACACACUCGGCUUUCGCCUCGCAGCCAAACUCGCUAACGCCCAUUCUCGCUUGCUUGCAGCUGCGGGCGGGCGUCGCCUGCGCCUCGGUGUCGGGGGUCGGCUGGGCGGCGACAACGGCGUGCGUGGAGGCACGCCGCUCGGUGACGGCGCCUGGCAUACCCUGCGGGCGGAGCGCCACGGCCACAACCUCGUCGUCAGCGUCGACGACGGCGACGCCUGGAGGAGGAACGAGUCGCUCGUCAGCCUCGGAAAAGACGCCGCCAAGGGAGUGUCCGAGCAGGCCAAGGGCGAGCCGCCGGCGCCGCUGGUGGUGGACAAGCACGACGGCGUCACGCUGGGCGGCCUGCCCGAGUUCAUGGGCGUCAACCUCGUCAGCGUCCACGAGGAUCUGCAGGAUGCCUGCGUCGAUGACCUCCGCGUGUCAGGCCACCACAUGCCCAUUCCGCCAGAGGUCAACGGCACCAGCUGGGGUCAAGUCACCACCUUAGAAGGGAUGGAGCAAGGCUGCCACGUGCCAGAUGGAUGCGUCAACACCACCUGCAAUUCUCCUCUCACCUGUCACUCCACCUGGAGCCAGACCGGCUGCAGCUGCGGCCCGGGCAGGCACCUCGUGGGCCGCACCUGCGAGGACGUGGACGAGUGCGCGUGGAGCCCCUGCCUGCACGGGGGAACCUGCUACAACCUGCGGCCCGGCUUCCUGUGCGAGUGCGGCCCGGCCCACCUGGGGACGUACUGCCAGUGGACCAGAAUCCCCUCCAGCGGCCACCCCUUGGCGGCCCCCGCGGCCAUCGCCGCCCUCACGCUCUCGCUGCUCGCCCUAGGUCAGACACCGAAGCAGACGCUGUGCUCAUUAUGGCCUCCAGUCUGGUAG